AUGGAGCAGCAGAAGCAGAAGUUCUCCGAAUUCAAGGGCCAGCCAAGGCUUCCCAAAUUCGCAAUCCCCAAACGCUAUGAUCUCAAACUGAAACCCGACCUCACCGCAUGCAAGUUCACCGGCGCCGUCGACAUCUCCGUGGACGUUGUGUCCGACACUAAGUUCCUCAUUCUUAACGCCGCCGAACUCUCAGUCAGAUCUAACUCCGUCAAAUUCACAUCCAACGAUAAGGCGGUGGAGGCGGUGGAUGUGGAGAUGUGUGAGGAGGAUGAGAUAAUGGUGUUGGAGUUUAAGGAGAGUUUACCGCUUGGAGUUGGAGUUUUAAGCAUGGUUUUCGAGGGGGCUCUGAAUGAUAGAAUGAAAGGGUUUUACAGAAGCACCUAUGAGCAUAAUGGGGAGAAGAAAAAUAUGGCUGUUACACAGUUUGAACCAGCCGAUGCAAGACGUUGCUUCCCAUGCUGGGAUGAGCCUGCUUGUAAGGCUACUUUCAAGAUUACCUUGGAAGUACCAUUUGAACUCGUAGCUCUUUCCAACAUGCCAGUCAUUGAAGAAAAAAUCGAGGGGAAUCUGAAGACAGUGUAUUAUCAAGAAUCACCUAUCAUGUCCACAUACUUGGUAGCAGUUGUUGUUGGCUUGUUUGAUUAUGUUGAAGAUCACACCCCUGAUGGAAUCACUGUUAGGGUAUACUGCCAAAUUGGCAAGGGAGAUCAAGGAAAAUUUGCUCUGGAUGUUGCUGUUAAAACACUUGACCUCUACAAGGAGUACUUUGCAGUGCCAUAUUCACUACCCAAAUUGGACAUGAUUGCAAUUCCUGAUUUUGCUGCUGGGGCUAUGGAGAAUUAUGGACUAGUUACAUAUCGAGAAACUGUUUUGCUCUAUGACGAUAAGCACUCUGCAGCUGCUAACAAGCAAAGGGUUGCCACUGUUGUGGCCCACGAACUUGCACACCAGUGGUUUGGCAAUCUUGUGACUAUGGAAUGGUGGACGCAUUUAUGGCUGAAUGAGGGAUUUGCAACAUGGGUGAGCUAUUUAGCUACUGAUGGCUUGUUCCCAGAAUGGCAAAUUUGGACUCAGUUUCUUGAGGAAAGUACUGAAGGGCUUCGACUAGAUGGGCUCGCAGAAUCUCACCCCAUUGAGGUGGAUAUAAAUCAUGCACAUGAAAUUGAUGAAAUUUUUGAUGCAAUCAGUUACAGAAAGGGUGCAUCUGUCAUUCGGAUGCUACAGAGCUAUCUUGGCCCCGAAUGUUUUCAGCGGGCACUUGCUUCAUACAUAAAACGAUAUGCUUGCUCAAAUGCGAAGACAGAAGAUUUAUGGUCAGUUCUUCAGGAAGAAUCUGGUGAGCCGGUGAACAAGCUAAUGAACUCAUGGACAAAGCAAAAAGGUUAUCCUGUUGUCUCAGUGAGAGUCAAAGGCCAAAAAUUGGAGUUUGAGCAGACACAAUUUUUAUUGGGUGCUUCUCGUGGUGAUGGGGAAUGGAUAGUUCCUAUAACGUUGUGCUGCAGCUCUUAUGAUUCUCGUAAAAGUUUCCUGCUGCAAACAGUGUCUGAAAGUCUUAAUUUAAAGGAGCUCUCAUGUGCCUCAGUUUCAAAUGUCAGUUCUUGGAUUAAAGUUAAUGUGGAUCAGAUUGGUUUUUAUAGAGUGAAAUACGAUGAGGAUUUAUCGGCUAGACUUAGACUUGCAAUAGAGAGAAAAUGCCUGUCAACAAGUGAUAAAUAUGGAGUAUUGGAUGAUUAUUAUGCAUUGUCCAUGGCAUGUCAACAGUCUUUGACCUCUUUGCUUACCUUGAUGAGCGCUUACAGGGAGGAACGUGAUUACACUGUUCUGUCUAACUUGAUCAGUAUAAGUUAUAAAGUAUCAAGAAUUGUGGCUGAUGCUGCUCCUGACAUAUUAGACGACGUCAAGCUGUUUUUUAUCAACCUUUUCCAGUAUCCUGCAGAGACACUUGGUUGGGAUCCUAAACAAGGGGAAGCUCACCUUGACGCCAUGUUAAGAGGAGAACUUUUGACUGCAUUGGUUUCGUAUGGACAUGAAAUAACACUAAAUGAAGCAAACAGGCGCUUCCACAUGUUUUUGGAUGACAGAAACUCGCCUGUUCUUCCUCCUGAUUUGAGAAGAACUGUAUAUGUGGCUAUAAUGCAGAAUGUGAGUAAAUCAAACAGAUCUGGCUAUGAUUCUCUUUUGAGAGUUUAUAGAGAAACUGAUCUCAGCCAGGAAAAGACACGAAUUCUAGGUUCACUAGCAUCUUGUCGGGAUCCUGAAAUUAUUCAUGAAUUUUUGAACUUUUUGUUGUCUAGCGAGGUUCGAAGUCAAGAUGUUGUUUUUGCACUCUCUGUUAGUAGGGAUGGACACGAGACAGCUUGGAAUUGGUUGAAAGAAAAUUGGGACCACAUUUCUAAAACAUACGGCUCGGGUUUCCUAAUAACUGGCUUCAUCAGUGCAAUUGUGUCACAGUUUUCUUCCUACGAGAAGGCAGAAGAAGUAGAACAGUAUUUUGCAAGCCGCAUGAAGUCUUAUAUAGCCAGGACCUUGAAGCAGAGCAUCGAGAAGGUUCACAUCAAUGCAAAGUGGGUGCAGAGUAUUCAGAAGGAGAAACAUCUUGCUGGUGCUGUGAAGGAGCUAGCAUACAGGAAAUACUAG